AUGCGGUUGACUCACCUUUUCGCGUCCAUCCUCUGUUGCACCUCUGCGGCGAAAGCUGCAGUUGACAGCCCUCGGCUCCAAUGGCGGCCUCCCAAGAAUCAGCAACAGAAGGCGAAUGCGCCCCUCCCAAUUGCCAAACGGCAGUCGGAAAACGCGACCUUUUUAAACUCGAAUAGCUCAAAAUUCGUUGUGAACGGGACUGCCAUUCCGGACGUCGACUUCGACAUUGGCGAAUCCUAUGCAGGGUUGCUGCCAAUUGGCGGGGACAGCGAUGGGGAGUUGUACUUCUGGUUCUUCCCAUCGACCUCCAAUAAGGCGGAGAAGGAGAUCCUCCUUUGGCUGAACGGUGGCCCAGGAUGCUCAUCGCUUGACGGCCUGCUGAAGGAACACGGUCCUUUCACAUGGGGGACCGGCACAUAUGCGCCGAUCCAGAAUCCAUGGAGCUGGCAUCACCUCACCAACAUUGUCUAUGUAGAGCAGCCAGUCGGCACCGGUUUCUCUAAGGGCACGGUCACUGCCAAGAACGAAGACGACGUGGCAGAGCAGUUCAUGGGAUUUUGGAAGAAUUUCAUCGACACCUUCAGCUUGCAGGGCUACAAGGUGUACAUAGCGGGCGAGUCGUAUGCAGGGAUGUACUGCCCGUACAUUGCCAGCCACAUGUUGGAUGCAAACGAUACUGCCUACUUUGAUGUCAAGGGAAUGCUGAUUUACGACCCGGUGAUCGAGGACGGCGUCCUUCAGGAGGCCCCGACACGAUACUUUGUCGACUACUGGGCCAAUGUCUUCCCUCUCAAUGACACCACAAAGGCUCAGAUUGCAAACCGGUCUGAAGCAUGCGGUUACGAUUCUUUUACCGACAAGUACUUGACUUUCCCGCCGCCUGGACCCCAGCCAGUCGCAGCCGACCUUCCCGGCAUGAACGGGACGCGGAUCCGCCACGACUGCGUCAUGUUCGACCUCGUUGCAGACGCCAUCCUCGAGAUCAAUCCGGGCUGGAACUUGUAUCAAGUGGCCCAGCUACUGCCGGUUCCCGACGACGUGCUCGGGUUCCCCUACUCGGACUUCUACGUCGCUCCGGGCCGAGAAAUCUACUUUAACCGCACGGACGUCAAGAAGGCGAUCAACGCACCACUCGACGUCGACUGGCAGAUUUGCGCCGAGGAAAGUGUCUUCGACAGCGAUCACGAUGGCUCAGACCCGUCCAGCUACGCCGCCAUCCCCAACGUCGUCGACAGGACCAAAAACGUGCAGAUCGCCCACGGAAGCAUGGACUUCGUUCUCCUCGCCAACUCCACGCUGCUCGCUAUCCAGAACAUGACCUGGGGUGGCAAGCAGGGAUUCCAGUCCUUGCCGCAGAGCCCGCUGUUUGUACCCCACCACGACAACCCGUCGGUUGCGGGAACUUCUGGACAGGGCGUGCUAGGAACGUGGCACGAGGAGAGGGGCCUGACCUGGGCACUAGUCGAGCUGACCGGCCACAUGGUUCCGAUGUGGCAGGCUGCCCUGGCCUUCAGGCAGGUUGAGGUGCUCCUGGGUCGUGUUGACGCCCUGAAUAGCACGACACCCUUCCCCAUGUACGCCAAUGCCAGCCAACCGGCCGCCGAUGAGCUUGGAUCUGGCACGGGAUCGCCUAUCCAGUGGAAUGGCAAGUCCGGUCCUGGCGCCAGUGGCUGCAGUUCUGGUGGGAGCUCCACGACGACGGGGCAGUCUUCAACCGCGUCUUGUAAGUUUCCCAGCGUGAACAUUGCCCGUUGGUCCCUUCUUGUUUAA